CUCCCCGGGGCGGCGCGCGGCGCUGCGGGCUCCGGAAGCGGCGGCGCUGCCUGCGGAGCCGUUUCCUGCCCGGGACGCGGCGGAGCGGAGCGGAGCGGAGAGGAGCCGAGCGGAGCCAUGACUCACCAGACCGGCAUCCACGCCACCACGGAAUUAAGGGACUUCUUUGCCAAAGCCCGAAACGGUUCAGUUCGGCUCAUCAAGGUCAUUAUCGAGGAUGAACAGCUUGUGCUGGGAGCGCACAAAGAGCUGUUGCGGCGCUGGGAUGCUGACUACGAUGCCUUCGUGCUGCCCUUGCUGGAUGAGCAGCAGCCCUGCUACGUGCUGUACCGCCUGGACAGCCAGAACGCCCAGGGCUACGAGUGGCUCUUCAUCUCCUGGUCCCCUGACAGUUCCCCGGUCCGGCUGAAGAUGCUGUAUGCUGCCACCAGAGCGACGGUGAAGAAGGAGUUUGGUGGGGGGCACAUAAAGGACGAGAUGUUUGGAACAGUGAAGGAGGACGUGUCCCUGAGCGGCUACCAAAAGCAUGUGUCUUCCUGCUCCGCCCCGGCCCCGCUGACAGCAGCCGAGCAGGAGCUCCAGCAGAUCCGCAUCAAUGAGGGUCACAUGGCCCAGGACCUGCCUUCCCUGGCUUCCAGCAGAGAGAUGGUACACCUCCAUCCUCCUGGCGUGUCCGUGUGUCCCCCACCCCUUCUCGUUUCACACGAGAUCCCCCUGUCCCUGCACAGGGUGCUGUUGACAGUGUAUCUCCUCUCCCCACGCUCGCAGGAUUCCUGUUCCCAGGACUCGAGCACCGAGAUGGUGAAGACAGAGAUCAGUGUGGAGAGCAAGCAUCAGACCCUGCAGGGCCUGGCCUUCCCCCUGCAGCUGGAUGCUCAGCAAGCCAUCCAGGCGCUCAAGCAGAAGAAAAUCAACUACAUCCAGCUGAAGCUGGAUCUGGAGCGGGAGACCAUUGACCUGGUGCACACGAGCCCCACAGAGAUCGCCGACCUGCCCAAGAGGAUCCCCCAGGACUCGGCUCGCUACCAUUUCUUCCUGUACAAGCACUCGCAUGAGGGAGACUACCUGGAGUCUGUCGUCUUUAUCUACUCCAUGCCUGGGUACAAAUGCAGCAUCAAGGAGCGCAUGCUCUACUCCAGCUGCAAGAGCCGGUUGCUGGACACUGUGGAGCAGGAAUUUUGCCUGGAGAUAGCCAAGAAGAUAGAGAUUGACGAUGGAGCCGAGCUGACGGCAGAGUUCCUCUACGAGGAGGUGCACCCCAAGCAGCAUGCCUUUAAGCAGGCCUUCGCCAAGCCCAAGGGGCCCGUGGGGAAGCGAGGACAGAAGCGGCUGAUCAAGGGGCCGGGAGAGAACGGCGAGGACAGUUAGAUGCCGCAGGACCGGGCGGUGAACGGACAGCAUCCCCGCGGCACUUGCCGGCUUCCUCUCCACUGACCUGGGGAUCUUUCCCUCCCUCUCAGCCUUUUUUUUUUUUUCCCUUUUUUUUUUUCUCUCCUAUUUCAUUCCUUUUUUAAACAUCAGGAUGGCUUGUUGCACUUGGGGGCAGAGUGAUGGGAGGGUCAGGGCUGUCGGUGUUUCUUUUCCCCAUGUCCUUGUGCAAGCCCAGGGGCUGCUGCUGGCGGAGGACGGGAGCAGCAGGGCAAUGAGCCCAGCCUUGCUCCUGUCCCCCCCCCCCCCCCCCCCAGGGUCACAGACGCUGCUUUUGGUGUCCCCUGGGUGACUGAAGGACAUGCUUGCCUGCAAGCUGCUCUAUGCAAAGGGAAGGGGCUGGCAUUGGGGAUUCCUGUUCGAAAAGAGAAAACGCUUCUUUCCCUGCUCCCCUAGCUCCCAGAUUUUUCUCCCCUGUCCUGCUCUUGGUGUGCAUGGCCCCUCUGCACCAGGCCUGGAGUGAUCAUCCUGCACCCCCUCAGGGUUGCAGGCAGGACCCCCCACCGCAGGGUGGGCUUUGCUGACAUGGGUUUGACCCUGCGGGGAGCCAGCCAGGGGUGGUGGAAGGUUCCACAAGUCCUAAGCUCAGCCUGGCCCUGGAAAAAGUUCAUUCUGCCUUUGGGUGAUGUUUGCAUCCCCUUUUUGACCAAUCCCCCCAAGUUUUUACCCCUCAGAGGGAGCUGUUACAGCCCUGACUCAGCCCCAUCCUUGUUUAGGAUGGGAGCUGGGGGGACCCUGAGCCCUGCCUCCCCCACUACAUGCCCCAGCCCCUACUGUCACCUGCCAGGUUUGCUGCCAGCUCUCUUAAAAAUCACAUGGGCUACCCCAAAUCCUGGUGUGGGGAAGUGGGACAGCCCCUGUGUGCCCCCCAGGGAUGUCCCCAGCCACCAAGGGCCACCAUUGGCUCCAAGGGCCGAGCUUGGCACUGCAAGCUGGGCUUCACUAGGGGUCUGGGGAGAGAGCACCUUGCUGCUGGGUACCAGCAAGGGCUCGAGAGCCGCCCGCCUCACCGGGAGGAUGGAAACGGGGUCGGUGAAACCUGCCCUCUGCUUUCCAGCUGUGGCGGUGGACGUGCCGACGUUGCCUUGACUUCAGUGGAGCGGGCGGUGGGAGGGGUUGAAGCUGGAGGGAGCAGAGCACACUGUACUGAACGCUGUAUUUUCUAAAGAAUUAAAGUAUUUUUAAAA